AUGACUGAUACCAAAGAGGAAAAGCUGGCCGCUAUCGACUAUGGCCUUGGCGAUCUGCACGACGAUUCGGUGCUGUUGCGUCGGAUCGAUUGGCGCAUAUUGCCUAUUAUGUUUUUGACGUACUUUUUGCAGUUUCUCGAUAAGGUGGCUUUGAAUUACGCAAAUGUGAUGGGCAUGCAAGACGAUCUCGGUAUGAAGGGUAAUGACUUCUCCUGGCUGGCUACAGGAUUCUUCAUCGCUUAUGCUGUGGCUGAGAUCCCUCAGGGGUUCUUACUCCAACGAUAUCCCAUCACCAAGGUCCUCGGAGCCAACAUCCUCUGCUGGGGAGUACUCCUCUGCUGCUCUGCCGCAGCCCAGAAUUUUGCAGGAAUGAUGUCGCUACGAGUGCUUCUUGGCACAUUAGAAGCUGUGAUUGCCCCCGCUUUAACAAUGUACACAAGCAUGUGGUAUACGCGGGCCGAAUCCACCCCUCGCUACGGCCUCUGGUACUGCGGACUCGGCACCGGGCAGAUCAUCGGCGGAUUGAUAUCCUUCGCAGCACAGCAUGCCCCAGCAACGUUAUCAUUUCACGGAUGGCGGAUCAUGUUCGUAGUAAUUGGGGCAGUAAACGUGCUUGUGGCACUGCUCGUGCUGUUUAUUCUGCCCGCCACACCAUCUGAAGCACGCUUCCUGAGCAUAUCCGAGAAGACUCGCGUGGAGGAGCGCCUCCGACAAGACCAAGCCGGCGUGGGCGAGAAAAUCUUCCGUGCGAUAUCGCUCCUCGAAGCAUUUGCAGAUUUGCAGACCGCGCUUUUGGUGCUUCUAACUAUUUUAAUUACCAUUCCCAGUGGGGUUAUCACGACGUUCUCAUCUAUUCUGAUUAAGGACUUUGGAUAUGACUCAAAGGAGAGUGCGUUGCUUAAUAUGCCCUCUGGGGUGGUUAGUAUUGUUUCUACAAUGGCGUCCACGAUGGCCAUUGCGCGAGGAUACUCGCGUUGGCUGGCGAUUAAUGUUCUCCUGGUCCCUACGUUGCUUGGGGCAUGUUUGAUGUCUUUUUUGCCGUCGUCCAAUCAAAGUGGUUGUUUGGCGGGAAUAUACCUCGUGAACACGACUGUUGCCCCGCUAGCUUUGAUAUUCGCGUGGACUGGUGCAAAUUACAAGGGAUACACCAUGAAGGUAGCAGGAAGUACACUCGUCUCGGCCGGAUUCAGCAUCGCCAACAUCAUCGGGCCACAAACCUUUCAAUCUCGCGAUGCUCCAGGUUACAUCCCCGCUAAGAUCACGAUCGUCGCCGUCAAUGCCGGCGCAAUCAUCAUCUCCACCACGAUGCGGGUGGUCUACGGCCGUCGGAACGCGCGCGCUAACCGAUUAGGCCAAGCAGCGGGGAGUCGCAUGGAGGAACGGCUGCGAAGUGAGGAAGAUGAUGAGGGGGUAGUUGACUUUCGAUAUGUUACCACCAACAACAUGCUAACCCUUAUAACCGGCGCCAACGGCUUCAUAGCAACGCACUGCAUCGCCACGCUCCUCCGCGCCGGCCACUCCAUCCGAGGCACCGUGCGCAGCGCUGAAAAAGCCACGGCGACGCUUUCCGCCCUCCACGCCGCAGGAAUUCCCCACCUCGACACCUCCCUGGAACUCGUGGUCGUUCCCGACCCCACAGACCUAGCGCAGUUCCUCCCCGCAGCGGCAGGCUGCGACGCGAUCCUGCACCUCGCGUCGGCAUUUACCUAUGACGCGAAGCCGGGGCAGUUCGAGGGGCGGUUGCUUCGUCCGGCGAUACAGGGAACGAGGGUUGCGUGUGAAGCUGCAGAUCAGUGUGAGAGUGUAAGGAAGUUGGUGAUUAUGUCGUCUUUUGCGGCGGUUUAUGAUGCGGCGCUAGGGUUGCAGCCUGGGAAGGUGUAUAUGGAGGAGGAUUGGAGUCCGUUGGGGUUUGAGGAGGGGAGUAAUACUGAUAAUGUGGCUGUGGCGUACCGCGCGUCCAAGGUUCUAGCGGAACGUACCGCCUGGGCAUACGUCGAGGAAAAUAAUGUGGAUUUUCAGCUAGUCACACUAUGCCCUGGGAUGGUGUUUGGGAAGAUGAUCCAUCCGAUUACAUCGUUGGAACAUUUGAACGCUAGUAAUAGGAUUGUGUGGGAGGUAGCGAAGGGCGGGAGUGACAUCCCACCGACAAAGGCACCGGUCUGGGUGGAUGUGCAAGAUUUAGCAGAGACGUGUCUGCGCGUGUUGAUGGUUGAUUUACCCUCCCAUCAGCGGUUUCUGGUCACGGAGGGCCCGUACGAUACGCAGGAGAUUGCGGAUGUGGUAAGAGGGGAUAUUCCUGCUGCUUUGGGGCGGGUUGCGGUGGGUAGACCUGGAAUAAGGAUAAGGGAUACGCAUUAUUCGUGCGAUUCGGGCAAGGUAAAGAGGGUGCUGGGGGUGCAGUUCCGGGGGUUGAGGGAAUCAAUUGUUCCUUUAGUAGAGCAGUUGUAUGCUAUGGAGGAGGGUGAGAGAGGAGAUGCUCCAUCUGCCGCGGCACUCUAG